AUGGAGAAAGCCGAGGCAGACCUGACCGCGUCUCUGAAGGGGGGAGAGUACGUCGAGGAUGUGUUCUUUCCAGAGCGACAGUAUGCAGACACAGACAUAUUCGUCUACGAGUACCCAGACUCUUCCGACUACACCAUUGGCAUCAUCGUCGACCCGUGCAAGGGAAACUCGUACGACUGCUGCGACCGCUUCUACGGCGCACCUGAGUAUCCUAUGCUCAUCGACCUCGACCAGUCGUCCUACCGUGUCGUGGACAAGUAUCUCUUCGCCGACACUACGGAGAUCCUAGCCAACACCGUCAUCGUCGACAAGGAGGGAGUCACGGUGCCCACCGCCUACAGCCGCUUCGCUGACGACGAGAUCGUAAUCGAAGACAACUGCACGGCUGCCGGCGUGCCGGACGGGCUGUCGUGCGUGGGGUUCCGUCAGAAACAGCAGCGAUCCACGAGCGUGGCUCGAUGCACGGACAACAACCAGACGGUCGACGCCGGAAGCUCUUGCCAGAACCUGGCCGGGGAAGUCUCGGAGCACUGCCUGGCGGUGGGAUACUCGCAGACGGCCAUCAGCGUGAUCUGCGGGGGCGAUUUCGCCGAGGAUGACCACUGCGGGACGUUCCUCGAGCUGCACGUGGGCUACGCCAACUACUACGCGGACCCGGAGGACGUUCUGUCGGAGGUUCGGCUUCUCACGGCGAACGUCACGGGAUACACGACAACCACGAUACCUACUACUUGGAUGAACGACACUUCUAAGAUCCUCUGCGCGUUUGAGCACGUGAGCUUGCUAGAAGGCACCAUGGUGCUAAUCGCGGAGGAGGCGCCUGUGUGCUGUUGCCCCCGCGCCUUCUCUCAGAAGGAUCAGCUUGGUUCGUUGUUUUGCCCCGUGCACAACUCCGUGGAGGGACCAUUUGCCGCGACCCUGACCAGCGUUGCCGACCUCCUUACCUUCGAGGAAGAAAGCCAGACCUACCCCUUCUGUCCCUCGCUGGAUGAGAAUGAGGACCUCAUGGUUGUGUCCGAGUACUCCACGUCGUGGGAAAGGGAGUAUACGUUCAAGGGUCAGGUGGGAAAGAUAACGCUGGUGCCGGACGACCCCGAGGACGAGCAGUAUGAAGUGACGUUCAACAACGGCAGGACGAGCUACGGCUUCAACCAGGAGCACCUGCAGGUGGAGCAGGACUACAACUACGAGAUUUGGUGGGUCCAACGCACGCUGCACAACUUCAGGGUGCAAGCCCGGAAGCCGAUCACGGUGACCAGUCCCACGUGUACGUUCGACAGCACCAACGGCCAGUACUACCCGUACGCGAUAUUGGACGACGACGGGGUGGCAAUUGAUUGA